GCCAAUCUGACCAGUGUCCGGGCCCUGCAGAGAGCAGCAUGGAGGAGGUGGUGAUUGCUGGCAUAUCUGGGAAGCUGCCCGAGUCAGAGAACCUGGAGGAGUUCUGGGCCAACCUCAUUGGCGGUGUGGACAUGGUGACAGACGACGACAGGCGGUGGAAGGCUGGACUCUAUGGCCUGCCCAGGCGGUCUGGCAAACUGAAGGACCUGUCCAAGUUCGAUGCCACAUUCUUCGGGGUCCAUGCCAAGCAGGCACACACGAUGGACCCCCAACUGCGCCUGCUGCUGGAAGUCACCUACGAGGCCAUUGUAGAUGGAGGCAUCAACCCGGCCUCCCUCCGGGGGACCAACACCGGCGUCUGGGUCGGCGUGAGCGGCUCUGAGGCCUCUGAGGCCCUGAGCCGAGACCCUGAGACGCUUGUGGGCUACAGCAUGGUGGGCUGCCAGCGAGCCAUGAUGGCCAACCGCCUCUCCUAUUUCUUCGACUUCAAAGGGCCCAGCAUCGCUCUGGACUCAGCCUGCUCCUCCAGCCUGCUGGCCAUGCACAACGCCUACCAGGCCAUCCUCAGCGGGGAGUGCCCGGUGGCCCUCGUGGGUGGCAUCAACAUCCUGCUCAAGCCCAACACUUCUGUGCAGUUCAUGAAGCUGGGCAUGCUCAGCCCCGAGGGCGCCUGCAAGUCCUUCGAUGAUGCUGGGAACGGGUACUGCCGCUCAGAGGCCGUGGUGGCUGUCCUGCUGACCAAGAAGUCCCUGGCCCGGCGGGUGUACGCUACCAUCCUGAACUCUGGCACAAACACAGACGGCGCCAAGGAGCAAGGUGUGACCUUCCCGUCUGGAGAGGCCCAGGAGCAGCUCAUGCGCUCCCUGUAUGAGCCAGCCGGGGUGACCCCCAAGUCCCUGGAGUACAUCGAAGCCCACGGCACAGGGACCAAGGUGGGCGACCCACAGGAGCUGAAUGCCAUCGACCGAGUCCUGUGUGCCGCCCGCCAGGACCCCCUAUUGAUCGGGUCUACCAAGUCAAACAUGGGGCACCCGGAGCCUGCCGCGGGGCUGGCAGCUCUGGUCAAGGUGGUGCUGUCGCUGGAGCACGGGCUCUGGGCCCCCAACCUGCACUUCCACAGCCCGCACCCUGAGAUCCCCGCGCUGCGGGCCGGGCGGUUGCAGGUGGUGAACCAGCCCCUGCCUGUCCGUGGGGGCAACGUAGCCUUGAACUCCUUCGGCUUCGGGGGCUCCAACGUACAUGUCAUCCUCCGGCCCAACCUGCUUCCGCCCCCGGCGCCUGCCCCCCAUGCUGCCUUGCCCCGUCUGCUGCUGGCCAGCGGGCGCACCCCUGAGGCCGUUCAGGACCUGCUGGAGCAGGGCCGCCAGCACAGCCAGAACCUGGCCUUCGUGAGCAUGCUCAACAACAUCGCCGUCACCCCCGUCGCCGCCAUGCCCUUCCGGGGAUACGCCGUGCUGGGUGGUGAGGGUGGUGGCCCGGAGGUGCAGCAUGUGCUCUCCAGCCAGCGCCCACUCUGGUUCAUCUGCUCUGGGAUGGGCACGCAGUGGCGCGGGAUGGGGCUCAGCCUCAUGCGCCUGGCCAGCUUCCGAGACUCCAUCCUGCGGUCGGACGAGGUCCUGAAGCCCUUGGGCCUGCAGGUGUCGGAGCUGCUGCUGAGCCCAGACGAGGCCACCUUCGACGACACCGUCAACGCUUUCGUGAGCCUGACGGCCAUCCAGGUUGCCCUCAUCAGCCUGCUGACCUCCAUGGGCCUGAAGCCGGACGGCAUCAUCGGACACUCCCUGGGUGAGGUGGCUUGUGGCUACGCCGACGGCUGCCUCUCUCAGGAAGAGGCCAUCCUCUCCGCCUACUGGAGGGGCCAGUGCAUCAAGGAGGCCAACCUCCCGCCGGGGGCCAUGGCGGCUGUGGGCUUGUCCUGGGAGGAGUGCAAGCAGCGCUGUCCCCCUGGCAUCGUGCCUGCGUGCCACAACUCUGAGGACACCGUGACCAUCUCAGGACCUCAGGCCUCAAUGUCCAAGUUUGUGGAGCAGCUGAAACAGGAGGGUGUGUUUGCCAAGGAGGUGCGGACAGGUGGCUUCGCCUUCCACUCCUACUUCAUGGAGGGCAUCGCCCCCUUGCUGCUGCGGGAGCUCAAGAAGGUGAUCCGUGACCCACGGCCCCGCUCCGCACGCUGGCUCAGCACCUCCAUCCCAGAGGCCCAGUGGCAGGGCAGCCUGGCCCGCACGCUCUCCGCCGAGUACAACGUCAACAACCUGGUGAGCCCUGUGCUGUUCCAGGAAGCGCUGCUGCAUGUGCCGGAGCACGCCGUGGUGCUGGAGAUCGCCCCCCAUGCCCUGCUGCAGGCUGUGCUGAAGAGAGGCCUCAAGCCAAGCUGCACCAUCAUCCCCCUGAUGAAGAAAGGCCACGCGGACAACCUGCAGCUCUUCCUCAGCAACAUGGGCCAGCUGCACCUGGCUGGCAUUAACAUCAACCCCAACGGCCUGUUCCCGCCUGUGGAGUUCCCAGCUCCCCGGGGCACCCCCCUCAUCUCCCCCCACAUCAAAUGGGACCACAGCCAGACCUGGGACGUGCCUGCAGCUGAGGACUUCCCCAACGGCUCCGGCAGCUCCUCUGCCACCAUCUACAACAUCGACCCCAGCCCCGAGUCCCCCGACCACUACCUGACGGACCACCGCAUUGAUGGCCGGGUCAUCUUCCCGACCACUGGCUACCUGUGCCUGAUCUGGAGGACGCUGGCUCGCGCCCUGGGCCAAAACAUGGAGCAGAUGCCUGUGGUUUUUGAGGACGUGACUCUGCACCAGGCCACCAUCCUGCCCAAAACAGGCACUGUGCCCCUGGAGGUGAGGCUUCUGGAGGCCUCUCACACCUUCGAGGUGUCUCAGAGCGGCAACCUGAUUGUGAGCGGGAAGGUGUACCAGUGGGAGGACCCUGAUCCCAAGCUCUUUGACAACGGGAACAGUGUGGAUGCUGCAGACCCAGCAGACCCAAUGGCCACAUUCCGCUUGACCCUGGGCGACGUGUACAAGGAGCUGCGGCUGCGUGGCUACGACUAUGGCCCACACUUCCAGAACAUCCUUGAGGCCAGCCUCGAAGGCAACACUGGCCAGCUACUGUGGAAGGACAACUGGGUGACCUUCCUGGACAGCAUGUUGCAGAUAACCAUCCUGAGCUCCGACCAGCGCAGCUUGCGCCUGCCCACCCGCGUCACUGCCAUCCACAUCGACCCCGCCACCCACUGGCGGAAGGUGUAUAGCUUGGGCAAGACCCAAGUGGUCGACGUGGUGGUGAACAGCUACCUGAGCAGCAUGGUGGCUGGGGGCGUCCUAAUCUCAAGACUCCACACCUCAGUGGCCCCGCGCCGGCAACAUGAGUUCACCCCCAUCCUGGAGAAGUUCUGCUUCACGCCAAAUGUGGAGAGCAGGUGCCUGGCAGGGAACAUGGCACUGCAGGAGGAGCUGCAGCUGUGCAGUGGGUUGGCACAGGUGUUGCAGACCAAGGUGGCCCAACAGGGGCUGAAGAUGAUAGUGCCUGGGCUAGAUGGAGUGCAGGCCCCCAGGAAGCCCCCACAGCAGGGCCUGGCUCGGCUGCUGGCAUCCGCCUGCCAGCUGCAGCUGAACGGGAAUCUGCAGCUGGAGCUGGGCCAGGUGCUGGCCCAGGAGAAGCCCUUGCUGCAUAAUGACCCGCUGCUCAGUGGUCUCCUUAACUCCCCGGCGCUCAAGGCCUGCGUGGACACUGCCCUGGAGAAUGUGACCAGCCUGCGGAUGAAGGUGGUGGAGGUGCUGGCUGGUGACGGCCACCUAUACUCCCGCAUCCCCGCACUGCUUAACACCCAGCCCAUGCUGCAACUGGACUACACGGCCACUGACCGCCACCCUCAGGCCCUGGAGUCUGCCCACGCCACGCUGCAGCAGCAUGGUGUGGCCCAGGGCCAGUGGGACCCUGCAGAUCCCGCCCCCAACAGCCUGGGCGCUGCUGACCUCCUGGUGUGUAACUGUGCGGUGGCCACCCUUAGCAACCCGGCUACAGCCCUCGGCAACAUGGCAGCCGCCAUCAAGGAGGGGGGCUUCCUCCUGCUGCACACCCUGCUCAGGGGACACCCCCUAGGGGAGACAGUCGCCUUCCUGACCUGUCCUGAGCCAAAGCCAGGCGGGCAGAGCCUCCUGAGCCAGGAGGAGUGGGAGGGCCUGUUUGCUGGGGCGUCCCUGCACCUGGUGGCCUUGAAGCAGUCGUUCUAUGGCUCUGUGCUCUUCCUGUGCCGCCGACCAGCCCAACACGACAGACCCAUCUUUCUGCCGGUGGAGGACACCAGCUUCCAAUGGGUAGACUCACUCAAGGACAUUCUGGCCAACUCCUCCUCCCAGCCUGUGUGGCUGACAGCCACUGGCUGCUCCACCUCGGGCAUCGUUGGAAUGGUCAACUGUCUCCGCAAGGAGCCCGGCAGCCACCGGGUCCGGUGCAUCCUGGUGUCCAACCUCAGCAGCACGUCCCCCAUCCCCAAGCUGGACCCAAGCUCUGCAGAGCUGCAGAAGGUGCUGCAGGGGGACCUGGCGAUGAAUGUCUACCGGGACGGGGCCUGGGGGACCUUCCGCCACUUCCCACUGGAGCACGGUCAGCCAGAGGAGCAGACGGAGCACGCCUUCGUCAAUGUCCUCACCUACGGGAACCUGUCCUCCAUCCGCUGGGUCUGCUCCCCACUGCGCCACGCCCCGGCCCCCGGCGUCCAUCUCUGCACCAUCUACUAUGCCUCCCUCAACUUCCGGGACAUCAUGCUGGCCACGGGCAAGCUGUCCCCGGACGCCAUCCCAGGGAAAUCGGCCUCCCAGGAUUGCAUACUGGGCAUGGAGUUCUCUGGCCGAGACCCCAACGGCAAGCGCGUCAUGGGGCUGGUGCCCGCCCAAGGCUUGGCCACCUCAGUUCUGCUGUCUGAGAACUUCCUGUGGGAUGUCCCCUCCAGCUGGACCCUGAAGGAGGCAGCCUCAGUGCCUGUCGUCUACACCACUGCCUACUACUCGCUGGUGGUGCGGGGGCGCUUGCAGCGUGGGGAGACCUUGCUCAUCCACUCAGGCUCGGGCGGUGUGGGCCAGGCUGCCAUCGCCAUCGCCCUCAGCCUGGGCUGCCGCGUCUUCACCACCGUAGGGUCAGCCGAGAAGCGGGCGUACCUCCAGGCCAGGUUCCCGCAGCUCAAUGACACCAGCUUCGCAAACUCCAGGGACACGUCCUUCGAGCAGCACGUGCUUCAGCACACGGCCGGGAAGGGUGUGGACCUGGUCCUGAACUCCCUGGCGGAAGAGAAGCUGCAGGCCAGUGUGCGGUGCCUGGCCCAGCAUGGCCGCUUUCUGGAAAUAGGCAAAUUUGACCUUUUCAAAAACCACCCACUGGGCAUGGCCAUUUUCCUAAAGAACGUGACUUUCCACGGGAUCCUGCUGGACUCACUCUUUGAAGAGGCCAGUGCCACUCACUGGCAGGAGGUGGCAGAGCUGCUGCGUACAGGCAUCCAGGAAGGCGUGGUGCAGCCCCUCAAGUGCACCGUGUUCCCCAAGGACCAGGUGGAGGAUGCCUUCCGCUACAUGGCGCAGGGGAAGCACAUCGGCAAAGUGCUUGUGCAGGUGCGUGAGGAGGAGCAGGGUGCUGUGCUGCACAGGCCCAAGCCCACCCUGAUGGCAGCUAUAUCCAAGACCUUCUGCCCCGCCCAUAAGAGCUACAUCAUCGCCGGGGGCCUGGGUGGCUUUGGCCUUGAGCUGGCUCAGUGGCUUGUGCUGCGAGGGGCCCAGAAGCUCGUGCUGACCUCCCGCUCUGGCAUCCGCACAGGCUACCAGGCCAAGCAAGUCCGUAAGUGGCAGCGCCAGGGUGUGCAGGUCCUAGUGUCUACCAGCAACAUCAGCUCUCUGGACGGGGCUCGGGGCCUCAUCGCCGAGGCCACACAGCUCGGGCCUGUCGGAGGCGUCUUCAACCUGGCCAUGGUCCUGAGGGAUGCCAUGCUGGAGAACCAGACUCCAGAGCUCUUCCAAGACGUCAGCAAGCCCAAGUACAGCGGCACCCUGAACCUGGACAGGGUGACCCGCGAGGCAUGCCCCGAGCUGGACUACUUCGUGGCCUUCUCCUCGGUGAGCUGUGGGCGUGGUAACAUGGGUCAGACCAACUACGGCUUCGCCAACUCCACCAUGGAGCGCAUAUGUGAGGUGCGCAGGCACGAGGGCCUCCCAGGCCUCGCUGUGCAGUGGGGCAGCAUUGGCGACGUGGGCAUCAUCCUGGAGAGGAUGGGCGACAACGACACAGUCAUCGGCGGGACACUGCCCCAGCGCAUCACCUCCUGCCUGGAGGUGCUGGAUCUGUUCCUGAACCAGCCCCACCCUGUCCUGAGCAGCUUUGUGCUGGCAGAGAAGGAGGUGGCAGCCCGAGGGGAUGGCGACAGCCAGCACAACCUGCUGAAGUCCGUGGCUCACAUCCUGGGAAUCCGAGACUUGGCUGCUGUCAACCUGGACAGCUCACUGGGGAACCUGGGCCUGGACUCGCUCAUGGGCGUUGAGGUGCGCCAGAUGCUGGAGCGGGAGUAUGACCUGGUGCUAUCCAUGCGGGACAUCCAGAAGUUCACGCUCCGGAAGCUUCAAGAGCUCUCACAGGCCAGCUCAGGGAAUGAGCUGGUGGCCUCCACACCCAAGGAGGACAGCUCCCAGCAGCAGGCCCUGCUGAACCUGAGCGCCCUGCUGGUGAACCCCGAGGGCCCGACCUUGACGCGGCUCAACUCAGUACAGAACUCCGAGAGGCCCCUGUUCCUGGUGCACCCCAUCGAGGGCUCCACCGCCGUGUUCCACAGCCUGGCCUCCAAGCUCAGCAUCCCCACCUAUGGCAUUCAGUGCACCCGGGCCGCACCCCUGGACAGCAUCCAGAGCCUGGCCGCCUACUACAUCCAGUGCAUCCGGCAGGUGCAGCCCGAGGGGCCCUACCGCAUCGCCGGCUACUCCUACGGGGCCUGCGUGGCCUUCGAGAUGUGCUCGCAGCUGCAGGCGCAGCAGAGCCCGGCGCCCACACUCUUCCUGUUUGACGGCUCGCAUUCCUUCGUGCUGGCCUACACGCAGAGCUACCGCUCGAAGCUAACGCCGGGCUGCGAAGGGGAGGCUGAGACCGAGGCCAUGUGCUUCUUCGUGCAGCAGUUCACGGACGCCGAGCACAGCAGGGUGCUGGAGGCGCUGCUGCCCCUCGCGGGCCUGGAGGAGCGCGUGGUGGCCGCUGUGGACAUCAUCACGCAGAGCCACGCGGACCUGGACCGCCGCGCGCUCACCUUCGCCGCGCGCUCCUUCUACCACAAGCUGCGCGCCGCCGAGCAGUACGCGCCGCGGGCCACCUACCACGGCAACGUGACCCUGCUGCGCGCCAAGACCCGCGGCGCGCAGGGCGAGGACCUGGGCGCCGACUACAACCUGUCGCAGGUGUGCGACGGCAAGGUGUCGGUGCACGUCAUCGAGGGGGACCACCGCACGCUGCUGGAGGGCAGCGGCCUCGAGGCCAUCGUCGGCAUCAUGCGCAGCUCCUUGGCCGAGCCGCGCGUCAGCGUGCGGGAGGGCUAG